AUAUUGUAUAUUUUGUCUACAAAGUGAUUGUGUUCUUCCACGCACAAUCUCUUCUUCCAUGUUCAACUGGGAGCUAAGUUUUAAGAGACAUUCCGAUCUAAAAGCUUUCUGCUAAAGCGAUCUAAAUGGAGAAUUCUAUCAAUUUUAUGUAAAUACAAUCCAAAACUAGAAGGGUGUGAACGAUUAUUCGUUCCAAAACUAGAGGUUAUAAUAAUCCUAUUGAAUCAUUAAAAAAUGAUAGAUCGAGAGAAGAUGCUAAUGUAAGAAAAUAUAAAAUAUAUAAAUAUACUUAUCAUAUUCUAUCAGUUUGAGUUUUUGGGACAAGUAGUGACUUCAACAUGCAAAUGCUUAACAAUUAACUCAGUUUAACUUUUUCCAAUCGGUGAUAAAUCGAGCUAGAUUACCGGUUCGAUAAAAUAAUCAGAUUCAGAUCAUUAUUUUUUAUUUAUUUAAUAAAUAAGUUAGAUUUAGAUUAUAAAUUUUUAAUCUAUCAUAUAUAGGAUGUAAUAAGUAUUUUAACCGAUCCAAUCCGGUUGUCAUCUCUGCUCUUGUUCUUAGGAUUUCCAAUUUAUUCUGGUUUGGGUCAAGCGCACAGGACCCUUUGGAAUUCUUCGGGUCCACAGGCGCCGAAGCCUGCGUCAGUCCGCCGAGAACCGGUGGCCACACCCCGGUGACCGGAGGCAGAAAGGUCUACGGCUCGACCGGUCGCCGCCGAACCCUUGCUCUCGGGAAUCGAAUAGGAGCUGCGCCCACCGCGGCGCGGCUGCUGUGCUCUGUGCUUCUCCUCAUCUCCCUGCUGCCGCCCGGCGCGACGGCGUUGUGCUUGAACCUGCCCGGCGUGUCGGAGGAGAUCCAGCCCAACGUCGUCGUGCUCGCUGACUACGCUGUCACUAAGGCUAGAGAUCAAGUGGAGAAGGAUUUCUAAAGGAUGCACGGAAAUAAUUUUCAGAAAAGCCUAGGUGACAUCAUCAUAUGGAAACACUCUUCAAAGGGUAGGCUGGUGUCAGAGGGGGAGGAGAGAGAGAGAGAGUGACUUGGGAUGCAUGCCCAGGUGCGACAAUCUUCGUGCGGCGGGUGGGGACUUCCUCCAAACACCUGGGGUAUGUAGGCUGGCGUGGGGAGCCGAGUGGUUAGCGCGUCAAUCUUCAUGCAACUGGUGGCUUAUUUGAUCGAACACCUGGGCUACACGAAUGGUGUCAUCGGGACCGGUUGAAUCAGGGAAGACAGAGGCGGUGGGCCAGGGUGACAAGCCGGCGCGGCCUCAACCGAAGGCGGCUAGAACCGGCCGGACGUGGGCGGAGGUGGCGAAGGGAACGGCGAGGCCGCCGAUUUGGACAAAUCAUCAGAUCUCGGAAGUGGAACUGGAGGCCCUGAAACAGCGGUUCAUGGAUGUGGUGGAGAUACCGUCGGAGGAGGGGGAGCUGGCUAGAGCGGCGUGGAGGGACACCAUGGUGAUUGUGCGUAGUGCGGGCUGUCGGGUGCCAGUGGAGUGGAUUUGCCGGGUGCGGGUGGUUGGGAAGCUCGAUUAUGACGUCGAGGAGUUCCUGAUGUCGAAUGAAACCUUUGCUUUCCGCUUCCGGACGGGGAGUGAUCGGGAAGCUGCCAUGGAGGCCGGACCAUGGCUGGUGGCCAGCCAGCUACUCGCUAUGGAGCGGUGGCGACCGAACUUCGUUCCGGAUGACAGGCAACUCAGCCGGCUUGUUGUAUGGCUUAAACUACCUAACUUGUCAAUGGAGUAUUGGACGAAAGGCUUGAUUUGGAACAUCGCAGUGAAGGCUGGCCGGCCCCUGGCACUGGACAAGAUCACAGAUCUCGGCCGGAUGCUAGGCUUUGCACGAGUCAAAGUGGAGCUAGAUGCGAGGGCGCCGAUCCGAUCGGGGACCUUCAUCCGGGGUGUCGAGCUUGAGCUAAGGAAAUUAGAAGCUGCUGUGGAGGCAAUACAUGAGAACCUGUUAUAUCUUAAGGCCAGGGAAGCAGAAAUGAGAGAAGUGAGUGAGAGAACAAAUGCUAGGGUUGCAUGGUUCGGUAUUAUGUCCCUUGAUGUUUGCAUCGUUGUCCCUGCUUUGCAGUUGUGGCAUCUGAAGAGGUUCUUCCAAAAGAAGAAACUUAUUAAGAUCAGCACCUGAUUUAUGUAUUCUACUGUGCAGCAUUACUUUCAGAAAUGAGAGGGAUUGAGAAGAAAGUUGUCAAUUUUUAUGUUACAAGCUUUUCAUAUACAGGAUUGGAACAUCAUUUUGCAUCAUUUUUUUCUGAUACAUAUGUUAACCAUCAUUUUUAGUGGCAUGCUUUGAAGAUUAGUCUAUAAAA